CUGUAUCGUCUUGACGCUCGAUCGGUAGGAGCCCUACAUGUUACUCGUUUGACUUGCCAUAGCACAUCGGACUAGAGCAAUCCGUCUGUCAAGUACACAUACAGUAAGAAGCUUGUCGCUGACCAAAACUUGCAGGAACGGCGAAAGAAACGUUCGUGAGGACUGGCACGCUGCUUGGCGGGGUAAUGUCGUUCCCCAAUCUAAGGAACUGGACGCAGGGGCCGUGAGGGGGCGUUUUGGCCAUGAGUAGGUCUAGUACGCUUGCUAAUACGUUGUGAUACCACAUAUGGCCAGACUUGGCCUACGAAACAAAAUCCUUUGGUUUACUCACGUUGUACAAACAUCCCUUCUUUCUCCCCUCCACUUCGGUCGCACAGUAUCUAGGUGUUUCGCUGUCCUCACUGUGCAGGAGCAAAACCGUAAACUACGACACAUUCGAUUCGACACAUAGCGAGAUGCCAAAGACUGCGGUAUUCACAACGAUCACCCCGCUGCCGGCGGGCAUCACUCGCAAGAGUGUCCUCGACAUGUACCAGGACCAUCUAGCGAUGAUCGAUUUGAACCCACUUGUGGUUGAGCGCUAUAAGUGCAAGCCUCCCAACUACGCGCCAACCUCGGAGUACUAUGCAACAUGGUAUACGAUCAAAGACAAAGUAUCAUAUCUACCUGGAGGCCUGGCGACAGGUUCGGUGUCAUACCACGCUGUCUUCCAUGACUUGCCCGAUUGUCUCGAAACACACGUCUACGCGCCCCUCGGUCUGGACAUCCGUGGAAAAUGGAGCGUUGGCGGGUCAUUACCUGGUGAACCAAAGCAACACGCUGACCACGGACUCAAAGUCCCACGCACUGGCUUAUAUAUCCGGGAGGAAGUGAAGAUGACAUGCUCAAAAUUGUUCUUGGGUUUCGUCAAGAAAACGUUCAAGGACUCACAUUCACGACUUGUUGAGAAGCUUGUAGAGAGGGCGCAUAUACUGGAGUCUAACUUCGCGAACGAGCGAUUGAAGGCACUACGAAAUGUCGAGCCACGAGAGAGAAUGGGUCACGGCAACAUCUUCAUCGCUCCGCCACCAGAUUACCAAUUCGCACCUCCACCGUACCGAGCCCAAGCUUCGCCUCGCUUCUUGCAACACUCACGAAGUCAGAGCGCCAGCCCAAUACUGACUCCUGGCCUCUCGCAGUCGUCUUCCUUCACCGAACGCAGCGCAUCCGUCUCGAGCUCGCCGGAACAACAAGAGCGGCCGUCGUCGUCUCGAUCAACACUGGAUCCCGGGGCAGCAGCUGCGCCAGAGCAGAGCUUAUAUAUGUUGCCGGCGACAACGUACGAUGGCGGCUUAUACGCAAGCUUCAACCGGCCAAUUUCACUCUACCCCGGUAGCACUUCACACCCACCAUCAAAUCGUGUGGUAUCCCUGUACUAUGAGACCAUGGUGGACGAAGGAACUUCGGAUGACGAGCCAGACGACGAGCCUGAGCCUGUCUCUAGUCACAUUGUAAGCCCACCGCACAUACCAGAAGUCCGACCUAUCUCCUUCAACUUUGCGUUUGACCAAAAGUCGCCUGGACCCAAGACUCCAAUAUCGAACGAGGACUUGUUAGCGAAUAUAGAUGCCGCGAUCGAUGAGAACUACAUCUACUCUUCGCCAGACACACGAUACAAUGCGCUGCCUACGCCGAACGCUCUACGUGCCGCAAGCCAAAUCGAUACUCUACCAGCUACGACUUAUGAAUUGCUUCCUACGACGACUUACACUGCAUCGCCUACCAAUUCAGUCGAUACCUUGCCUUCGACUACAUACAAUCCCGUAUCAUCGCAGACGCUCGACACUUUGCCAUCGACAACAUACGCACCGGGGCCAUUCUUGCCCUCCGCAACAUAUACACCGAAACAUAAGAGGAAGGACUCUGUUAUGCCAUACCAUGCAUACUCAGACCUGCCCCCAGUGCCAUCAAAGGAUGAGAAGUACAGGCGGCCUCGCAGGCCGCUGUCUAGAAAUUUGCUGUGCGAGGAUUGAGCUAGGAGUGCUGUGUAUAACGACUUUUCUUUUUGUCUGUGCCAUUCUCAUGUUGUUCUUUAUUUUGUUCUCUUCUGUUAUAUACCCGCAUCUCCACAGCACCUCGAUAUCGAUACCGUCUAGCGUUUUGGAAGCCUGUAGCAUAGCCACC